AUGGAUAAAAGGAAUGAAUCUCUGGGUACCGACUUCAUCCUACUGGGACUCCUCCCUGGCAUGAAACAUAUCAACCUCCUUGUCUCAGCAAUUCUUCUGAUCUACACUGUGGCUCUCACUGCAAACUCCAUCCUCAUUCUCCUGAUAUGGGUGGACAGUCAUCUCCAUACACCCAUGUACUUCCUGCUCAGCCAACUGGCUCUCAUGGACCUGACACUAAUCUCUAUUGUUGUACCUAAGAUGGGAACUGACUUCUUCUUAGGGAGAAGAAACAUCUCACAGGUAGCCUGUGGUAUCCAGAUCUUCUUUUUCCUCACUCUAGGAAUUUCUGAAUGCAUCCUCAUCACCCUCAUGUCCUAUGACCGGUAUGUGGCCAUAUGCAACCCUCUGAGAUAUUCCCUCAUCAUGAGUCACAGGGUCUGUCUACAGAUGGCUUUCAUCUCUUGGGCUGGAGGUACCCUUACAUCAAUGGUACACACAGCCUAUGCCCUGCAUUUCCCUAUCUGUGGCUCCAGAGAGAUUGCUCAUUUCCUGUGUGAAGUCAUGGCCAUCCUAAAGUUGGUCUGUGAGGACAUCUCUGCAUAUGAGAAGGCUGUUGUGAUGACAAGCAUUAUAGUGCUCCUCAUCCCCUUGUCCUUCAUUCUGUCAUCUUAUGCUCUCAUCUUCCGGGCUGUGCUUCACAUGAACUCACCUGAAGUUAGAAACAAAGCCCUGGCCACCUGUUCCUCACACCUGAUUGUGGUCAGCCUCUACUUUGGUCCAGCCAUGGUAGUCUACAUGAGGUCUAGAUCUUACCACAGUCCCAAACUGGACCAGGUUCUCUUUAUGCUUGGUGGUAUCCUCACUCCAAUGAUGAACCCUCUCAUAUACAGUUUGAGGAACAAGGAAGUGGUAGGAGCACUGAAAAGGUUGCUAAGAUGCUUUCUUACCUCAAAGUAA